GAGAGGCGAGCGGUCGUGCGCCCGCGGCCGGUUUGACCGCAUUAUUUUCGAAAUACGUACGCCGCAAUCCGGUCGACCGCGCUAGAACGAUCAAAACAUUAUAACAAAAACAUAUAAAUUCGGUGACGUUCAUAUAUUUUUCCAGAACAGGCUGUAUUUUCUUGGAAUUUGAACACUUUCACAAAAUAUUAAUUUUGUUUCAGUAAAAUGUGUGUUUGUUUGUUUUGCUGUUUUAGAGGUUUGAAGUGGAGCUUUAGAAGUUGGUUAGAGUCAAAAGUUUCUCUAUUUCAGUUAAAAAUUAAUUGUAGAGUUGUUCAGUUUAGUUAAAGUUUAGCAAUCAUGAUUAAACAAUGUCACUUGAAGCCUAAAGCCCGUACAGUUAUCCGUAGCAACACGAAACGCAUCCCGUUGAUGUCUUUUACAGAACGCUUUUGGAAAGUGCUUGAGCGAUAUAGCCAUGUUUAUAUUGGUUGUUUGUGUAACAUCACAUGUGAUUUUGGUUUCUCUUAGUUUUAAUAUGAUGUGUUAAGUUACCGGUGUAUUUUUUGAAUAUUCUUAAAUAUUGUGUUAUAGUGCAGAUUUUGUUACGUUCUUGUGAUUUUGAGAUAGAGUGAUUUUAUAAACGUAGAGUGUUCGAGAGUUUUUUGCGUAUUGUGUCACAUGCCGCAUUAUUUUGAUAAUACUCUCCUAUUCUCAAAUAGUAGAGUUAGCCCAAUUUGUUUAAGCUCAUACUCUAUUUAAAUUGGGUUAAUCGCAAAAAAUCGUGUUAUGUUAACAAACUAAAACAAAUUGAUGCGAAUUCUUAAACCAUGUGUUAUCAUAGUACCUACUUGCAUCGAACAAUCUCUGGUUUUUCUCAAAACGAUACAGAAUCUUGUUUGUAAAUUACUGGGACGUAAAACAUUCUUGUGAAAAGCAGGGAAAUUCCAAAUGUGUGAGUGUAAACAAAUAAAACGAUAAUAACAUAAACAGCUGUGUUGUGGUUUGGCGAUUGUGUUAACUUGCAGAUACCGUAUUAUUUAAGCGUUGAGAUGUUUAUCUACGAAUGCUUUCUUACCUCGCUCAGGCCAUAGGAGGUGUUUGUUAGACUAAACCACGUGUGUUUAUAUCUUGUCAGUUUUAGCUCCUUGACUAUUCAUUACAUAGACGCUACUAGCGCCAGUGCGGAUUCAUUCGCUCUCCGCGUAUCUUUAAAAAUCGGCGACGUAACACCUCGUUGAUAAGGGAGGCAUUUGACAAUGAAUGCCAAGGGGGCGGGUCUUAGACCUCAAAUAAAAAUAAUCAUCAUCGCCGAACACUAUCAGUCAUCGUCUAACUCUGGUCGGAUACGUGUCUCUACCUGAUAAUACACUAAGAACACGUAGGCGUAUAUUUGCUCGGUCUUUCUCAUUAAUUAAUAAUUGCUCGGCCAUAUAAAGUAUAUGUCAAUUUUCCUCAAUUAAAAAUACGGUAUACAGUUAGUGACCUAACGCGCUGAUGUUUAUUCAGAAUUGUCGUCAUUCAUACAUAAUAUUAAAAUAAAAUCAGAAGAUAUUGGAAUACCAUUAGUGCAGUGUGGUGGCUCGAGGAGAAUUAUGCGUGGGGCGUGCGCAUGCGCGGUGGUGUGCGCGCUGGUGGCGCUGUGCGCGUGCGCGGGAUUGGACGAGCGCACGCGCGGCGCCGCCGAGCGCCAGCUGCUGGCGCUGCUGGGCCUGCCGCGCCGGCCUGCGCGCCGCGCCGCGCCGCCGCCCGUGCCGCGGGCCAUGCGCCUGCUCUACGAGGCCGACGGCGCCAUACCCGCUGCCGCUGCCAACACAGCAAGAUCUUUCCAUCACACUCCCACCGAGCUCGACGCACGGUUUCCGGGCGAGCAUCGAUUUCGUCUAUAUUUCAACUUGAGCGGCAUCCCCAGCGAUGAGAUCGCUCGAGGAGCCGACCUCACUUUCCAACGAGUUGAUGAAGUUACGGGCGCCCAGCGGCUACUUCUGUAUGAUGUGGUUAGGCCGGGCCGCCGCGGAAAGACCGCACCUAUACUGCGGCUCCUCGACUCAGUGCCAUUGAGGCCAGCCAAAGGUGCGGUCACAGCAGAUGCGCUCAGCGCCGCGCGGCGUUGGCUCUCAGAGCCAAAACACAAUCAUGGACUAUUAGUGCGUGUGUUAGAAGAGGGUGAGCGAAAUGUGGACGCUAAACAACCUCAUGUGAGAGUGCGGAGACGUGUGACUGAAGAGGACGAGGAGUGGAACACGCGGCAACCGCUGCUGCUGCUGUACACGGAGGACGAGCGCGCGCGAGCCGCGCGGGAGAGCGGCGAGACGCGCCUGGUGCGCAACAAGCGCGCGACGCAGCGGCGGGGCCACCGCACGCACCACCGGCGCAAGGAGGCUCGCGAGGUCUGCCAGCGGCGGCCGCUCUACGUGGACUUCGCGGAGGUGGGCUGGAGUGACUGGAUCGUCGCUCCUCACGGGUACGAGGCGUACUACUGCCAGGGCGACUGCCCGUUCCCGCUGUUCGACCACUUGAACGGCACAAACCACGCGAUCGUACAGACUCUUGUAAACUCAGUGAACCCGGCCGCGGUGCCGAAAGCGUGCUGUGUACCGACACAGCUCUCCUCAAUUUCCAUGUUGUACAUGGAUGAACUGAACAAUGUGGUGCUCAAAAACUAUCAGGACAUGAUGGUGAUGGGCUGUGGUUGCCGAUGACGAAGGCGCCCUCCCUCCAGUGCGGACCUAGUGAUAACUCGUGGACCCAGUGUACAUAUAGUGACGGCCUCGAAAAAUUGUACAUACUUAUUUGUGUAUAUAUUCGUGUAAUUAUUAUUUUAUUAAAAUGCAGAUGUAAUAAACGAUGUAAUUAUAAA